GAGCUUGCUCCAAGCUUUAAAACUUGCUAGCCCGAACCGACGCACGAUUCUCAGCUCCACGACAUCCCAAUGUUGGUGUGUUCCCAUACUCCUAAUAAGUAGCCUGUCAUGUCUCGUCCCCGAGCAAUGCUGCAUCUCCUUGGGGCGAGCUCACGGCCUCUGCUUGAGCAGUUUGUCGCCCCGAGUACACAAACUGCUCCUGGUAAACUGGUCCCGAGACCGAACCACCGGGUGUCGACAUGGUCGUCAAUAUGCCUGAGCUGCAGCUUCACAGGCAACCGCCGCCAACUGCGGUUGCACUCUACGAAACCCGAUAACGCACCGCCUCAUCCCAACUGUCCCCCUGGCCCGCCACCGGAAACAGAGCCCUUGGGUUCCACAACGAAACCAUCCUCUGCCGAAAACGAACCCCCGAGCUCAACCUCAACCCCCAACCUCCCCUCACACUCCGAAUCCGCCCGCUCUGAACUCUCCCACCGCUUUUCAUCGUUCAUGGACCGCGCCCAAACGACACUAUUCACCGCCUCGCAACGUCUCAACGACCUGACAGGCUACUCUGGCAUCGAAACCCUGAAAUCGCAAAUCGCCUCUCUGGAAUCCUCCCUGACGAAUGCGCAAGCGCGCCACCACGCCGUCCGGCACCGCUACCAAACCAAAGUCUCGGAGCGUUCCGCCACCCAACGCGAAGUAACCACCCUUCUCGCCCGCCAGAAGACCUGGACCCCGGCCGACUUUGAGCGUUUCACCACACUGUACCGGCAGGACUACGAGUUAGAAGCCGAAGUCACCAAGAGCGCAGGGGAUCUGGAGGAUGCCGAGCGCGAGGCAGAGAAGCUGGGCCGGGAGCUGAGUACGGGGAUUUUGGCAAGGUAUCAUGAGGAGCAGAUUUGGAGCGACAAGAUUCGGCGGAUGAGCACAUGGGGGACUUGGGGGCUGAUGGGCGUCAAUGUGCUGCUGUUUUUGGUGUUCCAGUUUGGAGCCGAGCCGUGGCGGAGAGCAAGGUUGGUAAGGGGGUUUGAGCAGAAGGUAAAGGAGGCGCUGGAGGAGGAGAGGGAGAUUGAGAGGAGGAGGAGGGAGGAGAAGGAGAAGAUGCGAGACGCAAAUGUGACUGCGACUGCAACUGGUUCUGUGGCUGAACCGGUGUUGGUGGAUGUCGUGGGUGCCGAGCAGGCUUGCGUGGAGGUUGCCGUGGCCGACGAGAUUCCUCUACCGUUGGAUGACCAGCAGCCGCCGCCGCCGCUAUCAUGGCGCGAAACCUUCGCCAAUCCCGAGCGGAUCAAGGCGGCCGCUUUGGAUCUCGCGAGCGAACGAGUCGUCCCCGUGCGCAUGCGCGACUUGUCUCUAGUAGCACUGGAAGGCGUUGUCGGCGGCGCCGCAGUAGCUGGUGCCAUCGCCAUCUUCUUCAUCCGAAGAGCUUGAUUGAAGAGCAACGCGAGCCCAUUUAGGGGUAAACAACAUGUAAAUAUGUACAAUGAAUUAAAUCUAGAAGAGAGAGCUGUAUAAUACC